CCUGCUGUAAACACCAUGCUGCUGCUCCUGCUACUGCUGACUUCCACCGAAGCUGGCUCAGCUCAACGUGUGGCCGGCCUGAAGAAGGACGACAUGUGUCAGUGUGAGGUAAACUCCACCAUGUGGUCUUUUCCUGCUCUGAAGUACGAGGCUGUACUGCUGCAGCUUCAGACCUGUGAAGGAUCUCUGAGCAGCCUGCAGGAACAGUUGACGGUCUCCAGCCAGCGUCUUCCUGAGAUUCAGGCUCAGGUUGAGAACAUUACAGCUCGGCUGCAGCCCUUUCAGUACCUCCAUCAUAAGGGUCUGUACACAAUUCUUUCUCUGCGCCUGCUGGGCCAGGAGCUCAGCCGGCUGGAGACAGACAUCAGUGCGGUGCACGUGCAGAUGAACAACGUUCAGACACAGACAUUGUCCAAGGAGGUGGGUAAACUGCGCAGAGAUGUAGAGAGGAUGCAAGUCUCCGACACGGUUAACAUUAAAACUGUGAAAGCAAACCUGAGAUACCUCAAGAACAGCCUGGAGUCAUGCAAGACAAUCCCCAAAGGCUUCAGAGCCCAGUCUUCGUACUGCCUCAAGGGUCUGAUCACAGGCAUCAGUGACCCUGUUACAAGCAAAGUCAGCCCGUAUGGUAAGAGCUACAUUUCUGGUUCGUGGGGGAAACAGGCACAGAAGAACAGCAAGGGGGAGAUCACCUACUGGGUUCAACCUCUGGUCAACAGCCACAUCUAUGGAAACACCCUGCGUGUUUACCAAACCUACAAUGAUUUUAUGGCUUCUGUUAACCAUAAGGACUUUACCUUGGCUCCAUCUUACACUCAUGCCAACACCAUUGAGGGUCCUAGUGCUGUCCUGUAUGGAGAUGCUCUGUACUUUCACUGUUACCGCUCUGCAGAUGUCUGCCGCUACGACCUGAAGACAAACAAUGUGAAACGCGUGACGCUUCCAGGCACCGGUGUGGGUUUCAACAACAAGUUCCCUUAUUGUUACUAUGACUGCCGCUCUAAUAGCGACGUAGACUUGGAGGCAGAUGAGACCGGAUUAUGGGCAAUUUAUGCCACUCUCGGUAACCAUGGUAACCUUGUAGCGAGUAGGCUAGUGUGGGACGACGAGGCUCAGACUCUCAACGUGUCGCAGACUUGGGAGACGCGGCUGUUCAAGAAGGCGGUAAGCAACGCUUUCAUGGUGUGUGGCGUGUUGUACGCCACUCGUUACGUAGACGACUACCAAGAAGAAGUCUUCUACGCCUUUGACACAGCAACAGGGAAAGAAGACAACACACUUUCAUUACAGCUGCAGAAGAUAGCCAAAGGAGUGGCCAGUCUGAGCUACAACCCUACUGACAGGCAGAUCUACAUGUACAACGAUGGAUAUCUUCUGGCCUAUCAGGCUCAGUUCUGA